GCUUUCGCUCCGUCCUCAAACCGGCCACAAACACGGCAUCUGUCCACAGUCAGCCUCGGUCCGAUAUCGCACUGGUCACGCCGUGCUCGAAAUUCCAGCGGUGGUUCCGGUUGUCCGUUGGCUCCCGCAUUGGUCGGUCCUGGUCUGACCGGUAUUUGUCUAUCGGGGCCUAAUUCCAGUGCGAUUAUGUAUCCUGAUCCACUGGUCUACUACAUGCCUACCCUGUUGGACGAUCCGGAUUUGCUCGUGGCUACAGGCAAACGCGUACUGAAAUUGCCCAAUUAUCUGGUUGGUUCUUUUUUCCGUUGUCCACUUGCGACCGUGCUAUAUGAAUUUUGUCUGGGUCCAUUUUUUCCGGAGCAUAAGAUACCGGUGCUGAUUUUAGUGUAA